UAUAGGGCUGUGUAUCUUGCGCACAACCAGGCAAGGUUAGAUGGAAGAAACAUGCAGAGCAACAAGCCAGACUGUCACUUACUGAAGGAUGUAAUGUGCACCUGACACCAUGACGGACAGGGAGGAGGACGAGCGGGGCUGCAGAGCUUUUUCGCCCACGUCCGGUUUUCAGCACUUUAAUUCGACUGAACUACAUCAAAACCAAGACAGCAUGGAGGCUGAAGGGGAGAUAACUUUAUGUGAAAUUCAGUUGGCUCAGUUUUUUUUUUAUGUGCAAGGAUCUUUCCCAGUCUGAGUUCAGAAACAUGAUGCUCAGUCCUGACCAUUCUGAGUCUGACCUGCCCUGGGGACAAGUUGACAGAGAGACCCUUCUGGACACUUUCAAUGUGCAGUGUGGAUCCAUGCCAGCCAAACCUGAUGAUGGGGAGGGCAAGGCACGCUCUGUGCACGUGCCUGCCCUCAGCAGGGAGGAGAAGAGGCGGAGGAGGCGCGCGACAGCUAAAUAUCGAUCCGCGCACGCCACCAGGGAACGUGUGCGCGUAGUGGCCUUCAACCUGGCGUUUGCGGAGCUGAGAAAACUGCUCCCAACACUCCCACCAGACAAGAAGUUGUCUAAAAUUGAGAUCCUGCGACUCGCAAUUUGUUACAUCUCCUACCUCAACCACGUGCUGGAUGUUUAGGCUGUGAGGACCAACAGGAGUAUGGACUGAGGCAGGAGGACUGUUUGUAUGACAGCUGAAUGAUUUCUUGAUAUUGAUACCAGAAGAUUUGAGGAAUGCCCUGUAUAUGGUUGGUUAUGCAACACACUGUAGAUUACAGUGUAUCCUAGUUUUGGGAAUAUCACAAUGAUUUUUCAUCAUGGGAAACAGUUGUAGGACUUCAGGCUUAAUGUCAUUAAAAGGAUGAAAAGAAUGCAAAUAUUUUAAAAGCUGCUGUAUAUUAUAUUUCUGUAGCCAAACUACUAAAACAUUGCAAUGAUCGACCUUAAAUUUGCUGCCUUGUCUUUAGUUGUUACUUACUGUUAACACCAAUUUGUAAAUAUAUUUAAUUCAAUUACACAAAAAUUUGUCUACUGGACAUUUGUGUGCUUUAAGUAA